GUGAUGCAAGAGGAAGAAGGUAACCGAUGCCGAAGAUGGAAUGAAAGAUUUGAAAUUGUUGCUGACAGUGACAUCCAACGCAUGUUUGCGUCAAACAAGGAGAUCAGUGGAACAGUUAUAAUAACCUCUUAUCUAAACUUCCUAGAAGUUGAUACAAUGAAGACUCUCCCUCCUAGAAGGAACCAAUAAAUUCAGAAUCUUCUGUAGUUGAUUUUUAAAAAUAACUUUUAGAAUUAAUACCCUUGCAUUUUUUUUUUUGGCUGGCCUGUUAAAUCUAUUUUUGAGAAGAGCAUUUUGUGUUUGUGGCCUAAUUUCAUUUUUAAAUGGCAUUUGAGUAUUUUUGUCAUACCAACCAAGGAAAUAAAAACUAAUGUAAUAAAAGAGAGUAGGAAAAUAUUGGAAUAAUACUAAAUCAGAAGAAACAUUUUUGAAUGCUUUGUGUCAUGUAUGAAGAUGGCCUGUUGGAAGAGGACAUUUGGGAGUACAAAUCUAUGUGGAAGCCAAAGUCAGUAUGCCAAAAUUCAGAAGUUAUCUCCACAAAUGUACAGCAAUCAAAUGAUGAAGAGAGUAAGGCACAAAGUAGUGGCAGCAGAAGUAAUAGGAAAACAUUAGAAGGAAAAGACAAGCCUAAUAAAGCAAAGCAAAGGCCAAGGCAGAGCAUAAUUCAGACAUCCUUAAAGCAAGCCCAGAAUGUUGGCGUGUCCAACAAUGACCGUGUUGUACAGUCCGAAGAAGGAAUAUCAUCUUCAGCAAAACCUAAGAAAAACUGUAAGAAGCAAAGCCCUGUAAAUGUACGUCCUGUAUAUGAAGGAUACUGCCCAAGUUGCCAGAUGCCUUUCUCUUCACUUUUGGUCCAGACACCUCAGUGGCAUGUUAGUGAAUGUUUGGACAGUGCAGGGACUGCUGAAAAGGCUACAGUCAAGGAGUGCCCUGAUGGUCUUCUAUGCACUUCAACUAUACCGUCUCAUUACCAGCGCUAUAGUCAUUUCCUGCUUGCUGCCAGCAGAGCAGGAGAUCAUCUUGUGGAAUUCUCAUCAUCUUUCCUGGAAAACAAUCUUUUUGGUCAUAAUACUUCUCAGUCCAUUAACUGUAGCAAUACUUUUGAAGAUGGGGUGUCAAAAGAGCUGAACAAGAAUAUGGGGAAACCUCCAAACUGCUGUGUUCUGAUAGAGCAGAGUUCAUCAAAUAUGAAUUCUGUGGAUGUAGCUAAUAUAAAGGCUUCUCCUUUGGAAAACAUUCAAGAUUUCCAUCAAUACAGACUACAGUCCAUAGGUGGUACAAAACAGGUUGCAAGUCUGGGCCCUCUUUCUCAAGAAACUCAAGGUAAUCGUGAUCAAGAAAAUCAGUAUUACUCACUUCAAUUAAACACAGUCUCUGAAGCUGACUUUAGCGACUGUGACAUUUCUUACUCUCCUCUUAAUACAGAUGAAGAAAAAUCUACAGAAGAGGAAGGGGAGGCAGAGGAAGAGGAAGAAACUAAGGUAAAACAUCUCAAGAAAAGACUGUUUGUUGCUGAAAGCCCAGAAGACAAAAGUAGAAAAGCUGGAAGCUAUGUAUUUAAUAAACCAGUUGGUACUUCGCAACAGAAGGAACUUGAGCACAACAGUGUUAAAAGAACAAACAAUGAAUCCUGUGAAACUUCAAAUAUAUUCCCAGUUAUGGAUAUAGUUUCUAAGUCUCUUUCUCAGGGUAGUAUUCCCAGCAGGAUUUUAAGUUCAAACAAAUGUUCUAAACACACUGCAGAAGAACUUGCUCCCCCUGUUGAUUACAGGAGAAGUGGAGAAGACCUUGAGGGACCUAAACUGAGUUCUUCCAUACUGAACACAGGUGAUUGUGAGUGGGUCAACUCUAGUUGGAAAUUCCCUACAGAUUCUACUGUUAAGAACAAGCCAUUGCUAUUGAAAUUCAUGGAAGAAAGCAUCAGUCCUUUUCAGUCCUGCCAAGCUGACUUUUUAGAGAAGUUGUGCCAUGUAGCUAAAACUAACCCUGACACAUGUGGAAAUACACUAGUUCAUAACAAUUCAUACUCAAUCAUAGAAAAAGAAGGAAGGCUUAGUAAUACUGUAGCUAUGCCUGUUUUUCCUAAAACUGUUACACAAAAAUUGUCACAUGUUUCUGCUGCAAAUCUUAAAAUCCAAGCCACUCCUGCCAAGGAGCUAAAACAAAUGGACAUUGGUGUUUUCUUUGGGUUGCAACCGAAAGCAAAAACGGAGAAUGACCAAAAGAAAAAUCUUUAUGAGAAAACACAGACUUUGAGUCCAUCCACCACUGCAGAAAAGAGGUCCAGAUCUAGAAAGAGGAAAGCUGAAGGAUCAUUGGGAGACUCAGAUGUGGUUUCAGAAAGCUCAAGAAAAACUGCCACCCUUACAGAGCCAACAUUUGGUGGACAGAGAAGGUGGAAAAAAAGAUUUAGAGAGUCAUGGGCUGCUGAAGGUGAAAGAAGAAAAAAACACUGCCCUUUCUAUAAAAAGAUACCAGGAACUGGCUUUGUAGUAGAUGCAUUCCAGUAUGGAGAAAUUGAAGGCUGCACAGGCUAUUUCCUUACACAUUUCCAUUCUGAUCAUUAUGGUGGCCUAACUAAAAAGUUUACAUUCCCAAUAUACUGCAAUAAGAUAACUGGGAAUCUGGUGAAGAGCAAACUUCAUGUGCAAGAACAGUAUGUCCAUGUCUUACCAAUGGAUACAGAAUGUAUAGUAAAUGGCAUCAAAGUGGUGUUGCUCGAUGCUAAUCAUUGUCCUGGUGCUGCAAUGAUCCUUUUUUCCCUUCCAAAUGGGACAGUUGCAUUACACACGGGAGACUUCAGAGCUAAUCCUUCUAUGGAGCAUUAUCCUUUUCUGAUUGGCCAGAAAGUUCAUAGUCUGUACUUGGAUACUACAUAUUGUAGUCCUGAAUAUACUUUUCCUUCCCAGCAAGAAGUUAUUCAGUUUGCUGUCAAUACUGCCUUUGAGACAGUGACUUUAAACCCCCGAACUUUGAUUGUUUGUGGCACAUAUUCUGUUGGAAAAGAAAAAGUUUUUCUAGCUAUUGCUGAAGUUCUAGGCUCAAAAGUGAGCAUGUCCCAAGAGAAAUACAAAACACUGCAGUGUUUGGAAUCAGCAGAAAUAAAUUCCCUCAUCACCCUAGACUGGAGCAAUACUUUACUUCAUCUUCUGCCUAUGAUGCAAAUUAAUUUUAAGGGUUUACAGAACCACUUGAAUAAAUUCUCAUUGAAUUUUGAUCAUAUUUUGGCCUUUAAACCUACUGGGUGGACAUAUUCAGACAGAUGUAACUCUUUAAGUGAGAUCCAACCUCAGACCAGAGGAAAAAUCACUAUAUACGGGAUCCCUUACAGUGAACACAGCAGUUUUCUAGAAAUGAAGCGAUUUGUCCAGUGGUUGAAGCCACACAAAAUUAUCCCUACUGUAAAUGUAGGUGAUUGGAAAGCCAGAAAUGAAAUGGAGAAACAUUUUAGAGAUUGGAAGAUGGAAGUUGAAGGGCAGAACUAGGAAGAGGAAUGAACUUUACACUACAGCAUAUGUCUGCCUUAAAUUCCAUUUGAGAUGUUCAGCCAUGGUCAGAAUCAUACUUUCAUGCAGAAGCCAGUGGUAUGGUAUGGAUAUUCCAAAUUUUCUGAUUGAUCCAGUUCCACAAAGAAGAGAGAGUGGCAUGCAAUAGACAUGACCGUUUCUCUGUUCUACCUUUUUAUCUACAAGAAGAGAAACUGUAAUGUAGCUUUGUAUUAAUAUGUAAGGCAAGUGUAUUUUGUAGAUAAGCAGCCAUUCCAAGUGUGGGGGAGGGGGGUUCUGAUAAACAUGAAUGUCUGCAGGGAUUUGCUUACUAAAUGUACAGGAAGGAAAGCUGCUUAUUCUCAUGGUAAAAAUACAUGUACACAUUCUAGUCUACACAUAUGAGAAUGUGACAUCAAAACUAGCUACAGAAAGUGAUUCAGUCUAAAGAUUUAUUUCCCAAACAAUUUUUCCAUCCAGUCUUUCAUGUAGUUUCCUCCUGUGACUUCUGACAUCUGUCCCUGGCAUACUGCAAUAUAUGUUUCUGUUCCUGGGGCCAAGCAACUGCAUAAAGAUCUUAGUGAGCAAUUUCCAGCUGCGGGUUUUGUGGUCUCCUAGCAAGUUAAGUGCCCACUUGCCAAAGAUCCUAGAUACAGAAAUAUGGGCAGAAUCUCUACUACUGAAGAACCUGGAAGGAUUGCUCAAUGGCAAGGGAUUAUUUUAUUUUAAAGGUACAGCAUGGGAAAACAGAUCAACAAUUUCAUACAUGAAUGUGGGGGAAUGACAUGUAGGUCACAGCUCCCUAAGGGAUAUUCCUAAGCACAUUGGAUAUUGGUAAGUCAAGACUUGUACUGCAUGAUAGUACCCCAAAGCCAUAGAACAAUCAGCUUCUUUCUCAGCAGUCAAAAAUCUGAAUACUUUUUAAAACAUUGGUAUAAUUUAUAACUUAACUAAGAGCUGUGACUGCAUUGUGCACUUGUGAUAUGGUGAGGAGGACUGCCGCCUCCUGCCUUCACCGUCCGUUGUCUGGGAGUCUGCACUGUUUCCUCAGCCUCUCAUCUCCGUGAAUGCAGGUUUCUGGGUCUUCCUGGGUAGCGACUGGUGGAAUCGGUGUGUGUGUGUGUGGGGGGGGGGGGGGUGAUGCUUGCAGGUGGUCGCUGAGUCUGGACUAGCUGCUGCUGUAUCUGGAUAAGAAUAAUUUUUAAAUAAUAUACAUUAAUGAAAAUAUCUUCCACGGUUUUAUAAAAAUAUAUUUCAAAUACACUGUGCAUUUGUAUCCUGUUUAAAUUUUGCAUGAAAUUUCUUAAAUUAAUAAAAAUAUAUCAAAUAUG